ACCACCACCAGGACAGGCCCGGAGGAGCGGCCAUGAUCCAGCACCACAGACACUUGUGCGGACUGGCCAGCUGGUGGCUGCGUUUGUUUCAGGGACCUUCCCUUCAAAUUAGUAAACGGGGAAAUGCUUCGGUGUAGGACACGUCGGAAAUGAGGCUGUUUAGCGCACAGAAGAUCUGUACCCAGUUCUCUUCAGGGCUCUUUUCCUACGCGGACAUCAUUCUUCACCUUAAGCAUUAUUUCAAGAAAGUUCGAGAUUAUAAGACAUGAUUUCCUCAACAUGCGAUCUUAGGAAGGGACCUUAAUUUCUGAAUUUUUAGCAGAUGCUUCUGUAUUUUGGAAACCACUACAAUGAGCUUGAGUCUGUACAAAGAUCAACAGAAAAAGUCAUUCUGCUCGCACUAGAUGUCUGUUGCUGAUGUGUGGCACCCAGACAAACUGAAGGCAUCUAGAACAUGCACCCUGGGACGGGAUACCAGCUGUAUACCAAAGGCCAAGGAUGAAUGCAGUAGUGAAGACUGUAUUUUACUACACUGGCAAGUGACAGGAACCAAAACAAAGUCUGGCUACUUACAGACCUUGAAGAAAUUACUGAUUUUGAGCCUUAGCUUCUUUAUUUAGAAAAUGGGAAGUUUGGGCCAGAUGAAUUUUCAAGUUGCAACUAAGUCUAAAAUUCUGAAAGGUCUUCUGGAUGAACAACACAGUUACUGACCGGAAAUUCUUGAUGAAUAUUUUCUGCCAAUUACCAGUUGGGAUCAGUUUAGUCCAAUAGCUGGUCUUCAUUAAGAAAACCUUGGAAAAUAUCAAUGUGCACAAGUUCUCAUAAGAAAGCAAAUCGUGUGUUAGAGCUUCUCUUCUCUCCUAAAAGGUUUCUCCUGGCAAGGGCAAGGCACCGAGCGCUCUGCCUUCGGGAGAGGGGCUCUAGGCGCAGCCACCUGUGCAGGCUAUAAAAAGCGCUCGCUGGGGGAGCGAGGGGAACAGAGCAGGGCUGUCCAGCCACUGCCCCACAGCGUGCCCUGGGGCGAGUGCCCAGCAUUUGAUCUAAGCUUCUGCAAAGAAAGGUGCUUGACUGACCUGUUCUGCUCAAGGAUAACCCUACAAGUCACAUUUGCUGAAAAUAGUGUCUUGUGGUGUGAAUUCCCUAAGAAUUUGGCAGGUCGGUCCAGGUUUAGGAUAAGAGAGAGUGAGAACGGAAGAGAACUUGCUACUUUCUAGCCAGUUGGCGCAGAGAGAGAGAGAGAGAGAGAGAGAAGCGCACGGGGAGUCUACUCAGCCUAGCGCCUGCUCAGAGCACCUCCACUGGCAACGGCCAGCACAUGUCUCACUGCUCGGAUCCAGUCUGAUCAUGAGACUCUAAGCUCAGCCCUUUGCCCUCUUGGAGUGCCACCAUCAUGCCUGGUCCCCAGCCUCUGAGAGUGCCCAUGAGGGAACGCUGCGAUGGUGCCCCUGCCACAAAGCACAUGCUCGGGAACCUGGCUCGGAGCCGCUCCUCACCGCCAGCUGCUGGACUGGGCAAGAUUUUAGGCAAGGCGUGGCCACCCACCAGAAAGAGCCUGGUGUCUGUGGCGACCCUGGAGCAUCUGGACCUGCCCCAGGAGCACGUUGAGCCCAUCCUCCACAGCCCUGUGGUGCUGACCCAGGGCCCCAAGGCCACCAAGAGACACCUCUUCCUCUUCAGGAACUGGCUGGUCAUCGCCAAGCAGAGGUCUGCCAAGAGCUACAGAUUCAAACAAAAGCUGCGCCUGUCUGAGGUGCAGCUCGUCUCCUGUGACAGAGAGGAAGGGCAGGGCGAGGACAUUGUCAGUCCAGCAAAUUCUCUCUUCUUUGUGAUGGCCUCAAGCCCUUGUGUCACCGAGUUUCCUUCCCGGGAGGUAAAAGAACUCUGGCUAGAGACUCUACGAGGACAGAGCCGGAGCUGCACGGGAGCAGGAUUCAUCCCUGGACAGCCAGCCCCAACGCUGAUGAAGUUAAUAAGCAACCACAAUGCUUCAAAAACACUAAAUGCUGGUGAUAUGGAGACUCUCAUUGAAUGCCAAUCGGAGGGUGAUAUCAAGGAACAUCCCCUGUUGGCAUCAUGUGAGAGUGAAGAUAGUAUUUGCCAGUUCAUUGAAGUUAAGAAGAGGAAGAAGGUGCUGUCCUGGCCCUUUCUUAUGAGAAGGCUCUCCCCUUCGUCAGAUUUCUCUGGGGCUUUGGAACCGGAAUUGAAAGCGUCACUGUUUGAUCAGCCCUUGGCAAUUCUCUGCGGGGAAAACGACACACUCCCCAGGCCCAUUCAGGAUAUUCUCGCUAUUCUGUGCCUCAAAGGCCCCUCCACCGAAGGGAUAUUCAGGAAAGCGGCCAACGAGAAGGCCCGCAAGGAGCUGAAGGAGGAGCUCAACUGCGGCGGCGCCGUGGACCUGGAGCGGCUGCCCGUGCACCUGCUGGCUGCCGUCUUUAAGGACUUCCUCAGGAGCAUCCCCCUGAAGCUCCUUUCAAGUGACCUCUUUGAGGAGUGGAUGGGCGCCCUGGAGACGCAGGACGAGGAGGAGAGAAUCGAGGCUCUCAAACAGGUUGCAGAGAAGCUCCCGCGGCCCAAUCUGCUGCUGCUGAAGCACCUGGUGUCGGUGCUGUACCUGAUCAGCAAGAACGCUGAGGUCAGCAAGAUGGACGCCAGCAACCUGGCAAUCUGCAUCGGACCCAACGUGCUCACCCUGGAGAAUGACCAAAACUUGUCAUUUGAAGCCCAGAAAGACUUAAACAAUAAGGUUAAGACAUUGGUGGAAUUCCUCAUUGAUAACUGCUUUGAAAUAUUUGGAGAAAACAUUCCAGUGCAUUCCAGUAUCACCUCUGAUGACUCCCUAGAACACACUGACAGCUCAGACAUGUCAACCCUGCAGAAUGACUCAGCCUAUGAUAGCAAUGACCCCGAUGUGGAAUCCAACAGCAACAGCACCGUCAACUCUCCCGUCGGGAGGCCCCCAGGGCCCACUGCCUCGGCCGCUGGCCUGGACACCAGAGGGCCAUGGGACGCCUCUGAGUCAAGGCCAGAGCCCAUCACAAGCACAGUGGCCAGGCUGAAAGGCUGCCUCGGCCAGCCGGACAGGAGGCACUCGGAGCCCAGCAUGCUGUCCUCGCAAGAGUGCCUGGAGAGCCAGACAACAAACCCAGCCCUGACAAAGAGUGAGGACGCCCUCCCCACGCCGCGCUCAGGCUCUCGCCUUGAGAGUGAGGACGCCGAAGACCCGUUUCCAGAGGAGGUCUUCCCUGCAGGGCAAGGCAAAACCAAGAGGCCAGUGGACCUGAAGAUCAAGAACUUGACCCAGGGCCUAGUGUUACCACGGGGGCUGGUCCCCAAAGCCCUCUCCAGCGGCUCCCUGGAUAGGUGCUCCGACAGCUCGCCUAUGGCUUCUCCUUCCAGCCCCAAAAGAAAUUUCUUCACCAGGCAUCAGUCUUUCUCCACGAAGACUGAAAAAAGCAAACCCAACAGAGAAAUUAAAAAACACUCCAUGUCAUUCUCCUUUGCCUCUCACAAAAAAGUGCUGACCAGAAGAACCCCCAGCACUGGGAAAUCCCAAGUCUUCACCAGAGACCAAGUCACAAGGGGUUCUAAAAAAGAAAGCCAGCUGGCCGGCCGCGUCGUCCAGGAAGACGGGUCUGAAACCCUCAGUCCCGCUGCUCUGGGCUGCAGCUCGAGGUCCUGCGCACUCUGGGUGGACGACGUGUUCCAGCUGGCCGAGCUGGGGGGCCCGGGGAGCCCUCCCUCUUAUGAAGAAGCUGUCCGGUGCCAGGCAUGGGAACCCGCCGCCUAUGGCAGCCAGACCGUGGGCAGUAUGAGGGCGAGGUUGCUGAGCCAGGACCCCUUCCUGCCACCUGUUCUCCCGCCUCCCCACCGAGAGGACUCAAGAGACAGAUGCAGUGGAGAGCCACUUGCUGGGCACAGACUGUCUCCCCUGACCCAGCACUGGGCACAGAGCAGGACUGUCAGUGCUUCUGUGGAAACUCUGGGGCACGUGGCCGUCCCAGGGAGACCGGAGCUGCACCGGCUGAGGACAGUGUCAGAGACUGUGCAGAAGAAUAAGAGGGACUGUCUACUGAGACGCUGCAGCCAGCCCAUGUUUGAGGCUGACCAACUGCAGUAUGUGAAAGAAUCCUAUAUUUAGGGAGGGAGGUCACACACCAUGCCAUAGCUUGUGGUGUCUCUGUAAAGAUACGACUGUAUAAAGAAGUGCUUUUAGUUUCUCUUUUUGAAAGGUCAUAAAUAAGCUCCUUUAGAAAGUGCUGUAGAGCCCUCCUCCGUGAGGACAGCUACACCAUGGCGAUGGCGCAUCAGGUAGUGUCUGUGUGUACCUGGAUUUGUGCAAUAUGUAACAAAUGUAUAAAAUGUAUUAUAGACCCAGUGUUAGGUGCAAAGAAUGUCUGCAUAAAUCCCUGCAUGCUUUGUAUUUUUUGCAGUGAAGUCCACUGCUGUGCUCUGCCUCCUGGGGUACUUUUCUAUUGGUUAGCGUUUAAAAAUUAUCUUUGCUUUUUUAAUGUUGCCUCACAUGUCAUGCCAAUUUUUGCAUUUUCCACAAACUCCAUUUAGGGAGAAAUGUUUAAAUCUCUGGUAUACAUUUACUCCACUGAACAGCCUUGUGAUAACUAAUCACCAUGAUUAAAAAAAGGAACAGACUGUGGGAAUAGGGUUCAGUGUUUGGAGUUAUCCAAGGCAUUACAAACUCUAGUAAAAGAAGAGGCCAUAGUGAAAAUUAUGAAGAGGCCAUAGUGAAAAAUACUUAAGCAUGUCCUUUCAAUCAUCAGAUUAAAUUGGGUAGAUUAGUGAAAAUGCAUUACAUCAGUAUAAACUCAUUUAUAGCACUGUGAGUUUCUUUGUAGUUCAGUGGUGUCUUAUCCAAUAGUGAGGAGGUAAAUGAUUUUAUAUACAUUGGGGGGUCAUAUGUAAAACUUCAAUGUAAUUUCACUACAAUAAAUUGCCUUCCUUAUUUGAAAGUAA